AUGGCUACUAAAGGGUCACAAAAGGAUCCUGCAUGGUCGUGUAGUAUAGAAAUACCAAUUGAGGGUGGAAAAAAAGGUUAUAAAUACCUAAAAUGUAAGUUUUGUAGUAAAGUCAUCAAGGGGGGAGUGAAGAGAGUGAAGGAACAUCUUGCAUACACUCACAAAGAUGUUUCACCUUGUCCUAAUGUUCCCGAUGAGGUGAAGGAGGAAAUCUGUCAAUAUUUGAAGACCUUUGAAACUACAAAAUUUAUGGCCCAACGAAAUUUUGAAGAGAAUGUGGAAUGUGGUGCAUACUUUGUGAAUCACAACAUUAGUUCUUCUCCAAAUGUAAACGAUAGGGGAGUUAGAGGACCUAUGGAUCGAUUUUUGGGGACUACAAAAGAUGAUGAGCAAGGAACCGUAUCGUAUCGGGUGAGAAGAUGA